CGUAAGAUAGUUCUCUCUCUUUUCUUUCUUUCGUUGGUUUUCCCCUUCUUGACCAUUCACACUUUCCCAUUCACACCACCUUUGUUAAUUAUAAGUCUUUUCCUUCUCAUCGUUUUCCCGAUUUUUCUUCCAUCAAAAUCAAUUUCGUAGCUUUCUCUAGAUUCUUAGUUAUGGAGGGACACCAUCAUCAUCAGCAUCAAUCUCAUCAGCAGCAGCAGCAGCAGCAGCAUCAGAUGAGUAAGGUAGCUGUGGAUACGGGGGUAGGUGAUAGGUUUCCUCAAUGGAGUAUUCAAGAAACUAAAGAGUUCUUGAUGAUUCGAUCCGAACUAGAUCGUAAUUUCAUGGAGACAAAAAGGAACAAGCUUCUCUGGGACGUUAUCUCUUCAAGGAUGAAAGAAAAGGCUUACAAUCGAAGCUCAGAGCAGUGCAAGUGUAAAUGGAAAAACCUCGUCACUCGUUACAAGGGAUGUGAAACAAUGGACGCAGAAGAUGUGAGGCAACAGUUUCCAUUCUUCAAUGAGAUGCAAGCGAUUUUCGCAGCGAGAAUGCAACGAAUGUUGUGGGCAGAGGCAGAAGGAGGAGGAGCGAGCGGGUCGAAGAGGAAGCUGAUGAACUUAUCAUCCGAAGAGGAAGAUGAGAAUGAAGAAAGUGAUCAAGGAGAGAAGCCUACCAUAAAGAAGAAGAAAAAGGGUAAGAGUAGUAGUCCAAAUGUUAUUGGGCCUAGUAGUAGUAGUGGUAGUGGUAGUAAUAAUAUAAGAGAUAUUUUAGAGGAUUUCAUGAAGCAGCAGAUGCAAAUAGAAAUGCAAUGGAGAGAGGUGUUUGAAGCAAGAGAGAAGGAGAGGAUGAUGAAGGAGAUGGAGUGGAGGCAGACCAUGGAAGCAUUGGAGAAUGAGAGGAUAAUGAUGGAUAGGAGGUGGAGAGAAAGAGAUGAACAAAGAAGGAUGAGAGAGGAAGCAAGAGCUGAGAAGAGGGAUGCACUUAUUACAGCACUAUUGAACAAACUAAGAAGAGAGGAUCAUAUGUAGCAAUGGAUGGGAUAAUGUUGUUCUUGUUGUUUUGUUGUUUUUGGACAAGAAAAGAAGCCCUUGAGAGGUUUGUCCUUCAACUAGAUCUCAUCAAUAUAAAUUUUUACUUGUUCUUAAGUUCAGAGAAUUCUCAUAUCAUGAUAUCCUUUUUGCCCAACGCAUGAGGGUUCCUUUU